AUGCAAGAGCUUCCGAGCAGCGAACGAACUCGGCCAAAGAAGUUAGUUGGAAUUGGGAUUGUGAACGUGGGUUCGCUUACUGAGUCGAGGGAGAUCGCUGAUUUCAUGGAGCGCAGUAACAUCCGAAUUCUAUGCCUUCAGGAGACCCGCUGGAAAGGAGCAGAGGCCAAAGAAAUUGGAGAGGGUGUCAGCCUCUUUUACAAUGGAAAAGACACAAGACAUGGUGUGACCAUAGCGAUGUCGUGUCUCUCAAAAAUCUGUUUCAGCCGUCAGCAUGAUCAGCAGUCGAAUCAUGGCUAA